AUGGCUUCCACAUCGUUUGGUAACGAGAACUCGGGGACUCAGGUGGGGACCAACCAUGGUCCGAUAACUCAGAACUAUUUCUCAUCUGGUGAGAGACCUGAAGCCGUUUUCAAGCCAGGCAAUAUUACCUGGAAGCCACUUUCCGGCUCAGACCGACGAGAGACCCCACAGCAGAAUAUAGACAACGAGGUGCUUAAGUCACUGGCAUUCCCGCAGAUGCUUGACAGGAGGGAUAAUAUCGAGCCGUGCCACACGAACACCUGCAAAUGGAUCUUAGACCUGGAAGAGUACCAGUCCUGGAGGAGCCAGUCCCACGGUCUGCUAUGGAUUAAGGGCAAGCCAGGUGUAGGAAAGUCGACCUUGAUGGUAUUUCUGCACGACGAACUCCAAAUAUCAGAUGACGACCGCCCUGGUAUUCGCCUCGACUUUUUUUUCACCGCUCGGGGUACAGAGAUGCAACGUACACCACUAGGAAUGCUGAGAUCAUUAAUGAACCAGCUUUUCGAUCGCGAUCCGACUGUACGUCCUCAGAUACGUGAGAAAUACGACCGGCGAUGUAAGCAGUUUGGGUAUGGCGAACGUCAGUGGGAAUGGCCACAGGUGGUGCUAGAAGAAUUACUAGCAAGUGCUAUUCUAGAAUCAGCCAACCAGCAGCACGUGAUGGUUUUUGUGGAUGCUCUUGACGAGGCUGGGGCUAAAUCUGCUGAGCAGCUGGCAGGAUAUUUUCAUCGCCUCGUUGAUCACGCCGAGAAAAUGAAACUAUGCAUCCAAGUUUGUAUCUCAUGUCGACACUAUCCUAUCAUGGAAAGUGGACAGGCUAUAGAGAUAAAGGUCGAAGAUCAUAAUAAGCAAGACAUUGCCACAUAUAUCCAAGAUAAACUUAUCAAGACAGAGGCCAAAGACAACGCUAGCCAGAAGAUGAGGGAAAUGCUAGUCGAGCAAUUGACCCAGCAAGCGAAUGGAGUUUUCCAAUGGGUUCAUAUUAUGAUUCCCCUCAUCGAGCGGAAGGUUCGUGAACGAGAAUCGCUUCACGAUAUCAGUUGCUGGUUACGCGAGGUCCCAGAUGGCCUGGAAGAUGCUUACGUGUACAUUUUGAACAACGUGAUAGAGAAGAGCAACCGCGAGCAGUCAUUUCUGUUCUUUCAAUGGGUAUGUCUGGCCGAGCGACCCCUGACCGUGACUGAAAUGCGGUACGCAUUAGUGGCGAAGAACGCCCAAAUAACAGCGCGUCCGAAGAGGCUGGAAAAGAUCUAUGGAUUUAUCGAAAGCAAUGAAGAUAUGCUGCAAAGAAUCAAGGCGCUUUCUGGUGGACUAGCCGAAGUAGUGCCAAGCGGGGAUAACAAUGAGACUGUACAGGUAGUACACCAGUCGGUCAAUGAUUUCUUGCGCAAAAAAGGGCUCAAAGCUUUGUGUCAUAAUAUCGGCAUGAGCAUGUCGUCCAUGAACGAGAAUAAGAUUCUUUCUCAAUGCCAGGCAACUCUCUACCGAUCGUGUUUAGUGUAUCUUGCAACAGUUUAUAUACUGGCGGGACCCAGCGGGUUUAAAGGAACUAAAGAGGGCCUUAUCCAAGAAUACUCGUUGAUUCAUUAUACCACUACGAACCUAUUUAUUCAUGCGGAAAAGGCUGCUGAGAUUCGUUCCGAUGUUCUACAGGGUGAGAAAGAGAUUCUACAACGAGUGCUCAGUUUUUGGGUCGGGAAUUACCAGAAACUAGAUAGGUCUAACAGACUAUGCCCACCAAGAGGCACAACACUGUUACAUAUGGCUGCUGCUGCCAACCUAAAGGAUCUCAUAGAACCUGUGGUGUCGGAUAUCAAGGAUGUCGCGAUAAGGAACAGAGAUGGAGAUACACCGUUACACUUAGCAGCCCGAGGGGGUCAUGUCACGGCCGGCAAAAUACUCCGGAGGAAGGGAGCCGACCAAGAGGCAAAGAGCCACAGCGACAAGACACCGUUAUAUGAGGCAGCGAGUGGUGGGCAUAUAUGUUUUGUCAAAUGGCUCCUUGAGGAGGGUGUGAAUGUGGAAAUAGAAGGAGGUGGAGGUGCUCUACAAGCAGCUUCCUUUGGAGGCUAUGAGAGCCUUGUAGAGAUAUUGCUUGAAGCUGGCGCCGAUGUCAACGCCCAGGGUGGUGGAUACGGCAACGCCCUACAGGCCGCUGCAGGGAGUAGGAGCCCUGAGACGGUGCAAAUACUGCUUGGAGCUGGCGCCGAUGUCAACGCCCAGGGUGGUUUGUACGGCAACGCCAUACAGGCCGCUGCAUGGAAUGGAAGCCCUAGGACAGUGCAGAUACUGCUUGAAGCUGGCGCCGAUGUCAACGCCCAGGGUGGUUUGUACGCCAAUGCCUUACAGGCUGCUGCCGCUGCACACAAUGGAAGCUCUGAGAUAGUGCAGAUACUGCUUGAGGCUGGUGCCGAUGUUAAAGCCCAGGGUGGUGAAGACGGCAACGCCCUACAGGCCGCUGCAGGGAAUGGAAGCCCUGAGACAGUGCAGAUACUGCUUGAAGCUGGCGCCGAUGUCCAUGCCCAGGGUGGUAAAUACGGCAAUGCCUUACAGGCUGCUGCCGCUGCACACAAUGGAAGCUCUGAGAUAGUGCAGAUACUGCUUGAGGCUGGCGCCGAUGUUAAAGCCCAGGGUGGUGAAUACGGCAACGCCCUACAGGCCGCUGCAUGGAAUGGAAGCCCUGAGACAGUGCAGAUACUGCUUGAAGCUGGUGCCGAUGUCCAUGCCCAGGGUGGUGAAUACGGCAAUGCCUUACAGGCUGCUGCCGCUGCACACAAUGGAAGCUCUGAGAUAGUACAGAUACUGCUUGAGGCUGGCGCCGAUGUUAAAGCCCAGGGUGGUGAAUACGGCAACGCCCUACAGGCCGCUGCAGGGAAUGGAAGCCCUGAGACAGUGCAGAUACUGCUUGGAGCUGGCGCCAAUGUCAACGCCCAGGGUGGUUUGUGCGGCAACGCCCUACAGGCCGCUGCAGUGAAUGGAAGCCCUAGGACAGUGCAGAUACUGCUUGGAGCUGGCGCCAAUGUCAACGCCCAGGGUGGUGAAUACGGCAACGCCCUACAGGCCGCUGCAAGGAGUAGGAGCCCUGAGACGGUGCAGAUACUGCUUGGAGCUGGCGCCGAUGUCAACGCCCAGGGUGGUGAAUACGGCAACGCCCUACAGGCCGCUGCAAGGAGUAGGAGCCCUGAGACGGUGCAGAUACUGCUUGGAGCUGGCGCCGAUGUCAACGCCCAGGGUGGUUUGUACGGCAACGCCCUACAGGCCGCUGCAGGGAAUGGAAGCCCUGAGACAGUGCAGAUACUGCUUGAAGCUGGCGCCGAUGUCAACGCCCAGGGUGGUGAAUACGGCAACGCCCUACAGGCCGCUGCAGUGACUGGAAGCCCUAAGACAGUGCAGAUACUGCUUGAAGCUGGCGCCGAUGUCCAUGCCCAGGGUGGUCACUACGGCAACGCCCUACAGGCCGCUGCAGUGAAUGGAAGCCCUAAGACAGUGCAGAUACUGCUUGGAGCUGGCGCCGAUGUCAACGCCCAGGGUGGUGAAUACGGCAACGCCCUACAGGCCGCUGCAGUGAAUGGAAGCCCUGAGACAGUGCAGAUACUGCUUGGAGCUGGCGCCGAUGUCAACGCCCAGGGUGGUGAAUACGCCAACGCCCUACAGGCCGCUGCAAGGAGUAGGAGCCCUGAGACGGUGCAGAUACUGCUUGGAGCUGGCGCCGAUGUCAACGCCCAGGGUGGUCACUACGGCAACGCCCUACAGGCCGCUGUAGGGAAUGGAAGCCCUAAGACAGUGCAGAUACUGCUUGAAGCUGGCGCCGAUGUCCAUGCCCAGGGUGGUCACUACGGCAAUGCCUUACAGGCUGCUGCCGCUGCAUACAAUGGAAGCUCUGAGAUAGUGCAGAUACUGCUUGAAGCUGGCGCCGAUGUUAAAGCCCAGGGUGGUGAAUACGGUAAUGCCCUACAGGCCGCUGCAUCGAGAGGAAGCCCUGAGACAAUGCAGAUACUGCUCGGAGCUGGCGCCGAUGUCAACACUCAGGGUGGUAAAUAUGGAUCACCUCUCUCGGCGGCUAUUCAUGGGGGCUAUGUUGAUGAAGUUCAAAUCCUUCUUCAUGCUGGAGCAGAUUCACUGCUUGCAGAUGAACUCGGCCGCACUCCUCUUCAUAUUGCAGCUUCAAACAAUAUGCUCCACAUACUCCGUCGCUUUCCACAACUGGCGUUAGCUCUCAACAAGCGAAGUCAUUUCUUACAAACUCCUCUCCACCUGGCGGUUUGUCAUGGUCACAUUCAAUUUGCUAUUGCCCUUCUCAAUUCUGGUGCUGAUCCCUCCCUCCCAGAUGGUUAUGGUAGACAUGUCAUGGACUGGGCAUCCGAUCACGAAACUCUACUGCAGGAAAUACAUAAUCACUGCUCUCAUUUGGUGUUGACACCUCCUGAUGCUCAAGAGCUUACUCUUCAUCAAUCAAUCUUCGAACUCGCCGAGUCGCUUCAAUUUCAAAAGUUCAAUUCUCCAUGGCCCAUCUUGCAACAAUUAGGUCGCUAUUUUUUGUUUCUUGCCCAGUUCGACAACGCGCGCUAUCUGUUCCAGCUCCAUCUGCCUCGGGAUGCUUCCUCUAAAACGGAUAUCUGGCAGAUCUCCUGUAACAUGUGCAACUGGAGGAUCACAGAGACUCGCUUUCCGAUUGCAUCCAAACCAAAAGCACAAAGUCUUCGAAGUGUCCAACGUGCCUGA